CCGUAUUCACAAACCAACCUUAUCUUAACGCUAUAAGGCGCCCUUUUAUAAGGAUUAGGAAAGUAUAAGGUUGAGAAACGGCCAAGGUGUAAUUCAGAAGCGUCCCUUAUUGCGUGAAAAGGCGCCCUUAUCGAAGGCGGCCUUAUCGUCGUAAGAGAUGAGCAUGCGUGCGAGGCUAUGAACUUUUCUUGGCCUUAAACCGCUCGGUUAUUAAAAGGAAACACAAUUUUGUCGCUGAGAACAAUAAAUAUAAAAAUGGGAUGGCGCAUUAUUACGCGUUGUGAAAAAGCAAUGUGAAAAGUGCGAGUUCUAGCCGUUGCAUGUCUCUCAUCUGGCAACACGCGUUGCCGUUUUCCUUGUUCUUUUUUUUUUUUUUUUUGCCAUUUCCAUUUUGCGGUGCUCGAGCGCAGUUCCUUCACUUUUUCUCCUGUGUGUUAGCUAUAACUUGCGCUUAGUACUUUUAGAUGCUGUAAAUAUUGCGCGUAUUUAUUUAUUUAUUUCCUUAUUUAUUCAUUUAUUUAUCUUUUGAAGUGUUCAUUUGCUUAUUGUAAGAUCUGUUGUGGGGAUGGCCACUGAAAGGAAAAAAAUCAACUUUACGGAGGAGGAGCGGGAAAUUUUGAUUGACUUGGUGACGAGAGAGAGCAACGUGCUGGAGAACAAACGUACUGAUGCGGUGUCCUUAAGCGAGAAGAAAAAAAAAUGGCAGCAGAUGGAAGAACAGUUCAACAGUAAGAACGGAGUCCACCCGCGCACGGAAAAUCAGCUACGCAAGUGUUGGGACAACUUGAAAGAGAAGUGGCGCAGGGCGAAAGCCACCGACACAAAGGAGCUGUUCCGAACUGGGGGCGGCAAAGCAGCCGAUUCGGUGCUCACAGAAGAGCUGCAGCGAGUCGGCGCCGUGGCAUCGCAUAUGUCAAUACGAAUUGACAACGCUUUUGACAGCGACCUUGCGCGACACGACGUUCCUACCAGCGAGGCCACGGCAGUAGUUACUGCGCUGUUGUCAUCCAUGCAGCCAGCGGCGAUCCCUGAAGGCGACGGUAGGGAAUUUGCAGAUCAUCACGCCAACCAGGAUGACCCAAUCUGGGAAUUGGAACCAUUGAGCCCUUUGAACGCCGAUACCUCUUGCACAGAGACGGAAUGUUCAGGCGAACCGGAAGCAUCUCAAGCUCCACAAGUGCCUGUGAGCCAGCAGAGCGUGAACAGACCCACACGUCCACUGCCUCCACUUCUUCGGAAACGUGGCAGCACAGCAAGAACUUCACAGCUCGAUAAGGAAAUUCACGCACGGCUAGAAGCUGUUGCAGAAGAACGAGUUAACAGGCGGAAGGAGCACCUGCUGCGAAUGAAAAUUGCGAGGGCUGAGAGAAAAGAACGCAAGGCCAUCAAUGCGCAAAAACUGCAAAAUGCCGAAGCGAAGGCAGCGCUUCUGACAUUGAAAAUGCAGCUGCUGAAAAAGCAGUUGGAAUAAAAAUAUUUUGUUCUUUGGAAGCAAUGUUGUUUAUUUGUUCUUAGCGAGAAAAAUAGUCGCGAAUAAUACGCCUGCGGGCUCUGAA